GUAAGUAGGAGUAAAAGUCAUGGCCGACUUGCAAAGUAUAAUUAAACAAAUCAAGUUCAAACCACCCUUUUCGCUAAUCUCCUUUUGAAAUAUUAACCAUUUUCCCACAGAUACAAAGCCUUGCAUUUAUUGCUACAAAUUUCACAUUUUCCACACUUCAAAUUAAAGAUUCUUGAUACUUUCUCGUGCCCACUUCACGGAACCUACCAUGAUUGAGCUACCUUGCUGGCAAAGAAUUUCCCGAGAGGAUAAAUAGAAGGAGAAUCGAAUCAAUUUUAGAUAGUCCUUUGUGAGCGUUGCAAAGAAAAUAAAGGGUAGGGAAUUAUGGAAAAUGAAGAGGAGAAAGUAUAUGUAGUCAUUGGAAGAGACCUUUAUGAUGGGCUAUCAACCCUGCAGUGGGCCUUGAACAAAUGGUCUAAUCAUUCAAUCAGCAUAGUGAUUCUUCAAGCGGCAAAUAACAUAAGCAAAGAUUAUGUAUACACACCUCUUGGGAAACUUCCUGCAAGUUCUGUGAAUGAGGAGAAGCUGAAAGAUCUUGACAAGAGCGAGGAAGUAAAUAAUGACAAAAUAUUAUCCCAGUUUAUAGCCUCCUGUGGAAGGAUUAAAGCUCAAGUUUUUAAGAUGGAGAAAAGUGAGCAGCCUAUUUACAGGCAAUUGCUAGAAAUAAUUUCGAGUCGAUGGAUAACCAAAUUAGUCGUGUCAUUAACAGUUAUGAAGUCCUCAGCAUGGAAAUCAAGAACUGCAAUUAGUGGUUCAUUUUAUGUUCUUCGUCAGAAACCCGAUUUUUGUGAGCUGUUUGUUAUAUGUGGAGGGAGAUUGCUUUCGUUGAGAGAAGAAAAUAAGGGAGGAUUUAUAGAGGAUGAUAGAGGAAACGCAGUUGCCAAGUUCACGGAGAAGAAUGGUUUUAGAAGUUUGCUAGGAAGAAGACAUUCUCUGGAUUCACCUUCUUCUUCUGCACGAAGCAAUAAUUCACCAGAUGAAUGGGAAAAAUACAGUGACGGGAUUGAACAAUAUGUUAAUCAACUGUUGGCUUUAAAUGAAGAGGAAGAGGAAGAAGAAGAAGAAGAAGAUGCAAAUUGUAAAGAAAAUUCUGCAGAUUCAGUUAUGCAGGAAAAUAUGAGUGGAGCAGAAAGAAUUGAAGCUCUUAAAAUCAAAAUACAAAGAGUUGAAGAUGCAAUCCAAUUCAACAGAAAAGAAGCAAACGUGAAUAAGGAAAGGAACGCAAAAGCCUUAGGGGCUAUUAGUCUAUGUAAUACCCGGGCUAUGGAACUUGAAGCUUGCAUAAGUGAAGAGGUCCUAAAAAAUGUUGAUAUAAAGAAAGAACUAGACUUCAGAAAAGAUGAGCUCUUUGAACUUCAGGGUGAAGUUGGGGAAAAAAGAAGUAAGCUGAACUCAAUUCUAGAACUCCAACGAGAACUCAAGAACAAACUUCAAUUAUCCUCUUCUGCUAAAUCACGUGCUGAGGUUCAACUAGAGAAGGCAGUGCGAACAAGAAAUGAUAUGGUUCGAGAAAUUGAGGAGUUGAGAAGGCAAAGAGAUGUUAUCCAACGUAGAAUUGAGUUCCGUAGAGAAAAAGAUGCAAUAGGUUGUGCUGACAGAUUGAACACCUCAAGUUUUGCUUACAGAGAAUUCACUGCUGUCGAAAUUAGAGCAGCUACUAAAGAUUUCUCAGAGGGUUUAAGAUUAAAGCCACGUGGUCGAUUGACAAAUAUUUAUAAAGGUUGCAUAAAUCAUAUGACAGUUGCAAUUAAAAUGUACGGUUCAGCAAAUGCUCCAUCCCCUGAAGCCUUCGCAGCUAAGGUAAAAAUACUUAGCCAAAUCAGGCAUCCGAAUAUCCUUGCCAUGGUCGGAUUCUGCUCAGAGCUCAACUGCAUUGUUUUCGAGUACAUGCAUAAUGGCUGCCUGCAUGAUGCAUUAUUCUUAACCGAAAAAAGCUCCAGAGAUUAUAAAAACAAGGCUCACAAUUGGCACGCGAGAUUAAGAAUUGCAGCUGAAGUGUGCUCUGCCUUGGGCUUCCUUCAUAAGGCCCAGCCCAAGCCAUUAAUUCAUGGCAACUUGAGUCCCUCCAAAAUCAUCCUGGACCAAAACAAUGUCGCGAAAGUUUUUGGCUUGAAGCCUCCUUGGCCAUAUGAUAAUUCAGAUAGUAAAUCAGACAUCCGGGCUUUUGGAAACUUAAUGCUGCAACUUCUGAUUGGUAGGAACUGGGCAGCGCCAAUGGAAAUCGCUGCUAUCCUUGGGAACUUGGAUCAUUUGGCCGGGGAAUGGCCAUUGGAUUUGGCAAUGGAACUUUGUACCAUAGCUAUAAGGUGUUUGUCAAACAACCAAGGCGAAGAUGAGGAGUUGGAUAUCGGAUGGUUGAUGAGAGAGAUCAAUAAGGUGAAGAAAAAGGCAAACCAGCUAGUUGUAAAUGGAGAAUACACGUCUGCAAUCAAAGAGUUUAUAGAUAUAGAGAACUCGAGCAAUGUGCCUAAUGCUUUCCUUUGUCCCAUUUAUCAGGAUGUCAUGCAAAACCCACAUCUAGCUGCUGACGGGUUUUCCUACGAACUAGAUGCCAUAGAUAUGUGGCUAAGAACGGGCCAUGAUACAUCACCGAUGACUAACUUGAGGCUAAAUCAUACGCUCCUUACACCUAAUCACACGCUGCGUUCCCUGAUACAGGAUUGGCAGAAUCGAAGAUCAGCUCCCCCUAAGUGAAGAUCAUGUCACCAUGUUUGGAUGCAUGGGAAUGAAACAGCAGAAUUGGGAAUAUAGCAUAAAUUCAUUCGAAUUUGAGUUGAUUAUACACGAACUCCAUUUCCUAGGCUUUAGUUUUGAUUUUGGCUGAGGUAGUUUGAGUAGGAAUAGGUUGUUGUGCAUAUUGAAAAAAUUGAGAAUGUAAAUAGGUUAAAAGAGAGUGCAAAUUAUAGAGCUCCAUUUGCAAAACUUCUGAGUAUAUUUCAAAAUAAUAUUAGUCUAGUUUUUGUUUC